AUGGGAGUGUUGAAUGGGUACGGCUUGUGCCAGCUCGCAUCACACCGCGCGGCCCAAGCGGCCGUGGCUUCAGGUCUACUUGUCCUCAAUGUUGUGGGCACUCGUGCCACUGGCAGCUUCAGGCUCUCGGAUGCGUUCAUGAUGCAAAUAUCAGCGGAAGGGAUGCACGAGUUGCAAAACAUUGUUAGCCAUCAGGUACCGUCGGGGCUCGUGACUCCAGCACCGACAACGUGCGUAGACGCUGACAACGGAGCCUUGAACAGACUUGGCAAUUCUUGCGAGGUCUAUGCGCACGACCCAGGAGCUCCUUACAUCGGUAUCUGCCUCGACCCUUACUAUGAUGAUAGCGACUUCUCAUCCUCAAUGUGUUGCGUGUGUCCUGACAGUUGUCCCGUGGAAGAACCAAUACUUCAUGAGCCAGGGGACUGUGAGGAUUGGAUUACAUUUGCGGCCUCAAACGACGAUGGUCUGGGGAGGUCGUCUCAUUCAAAUCUCGCUGGUUUGGGUCCAGACUUUCAUAAACCCCGUGAGCUCCGAUAUUAUGGAGUCGGGCGGCUUCAGAAUGGCGUCCACGUCGACAUUACUUUCGUCAACACAAGCCAGUACAUCCCGAGGAACACGAACUGGAACAAAAUUGUUGGGUCUCAGGCUGUGGUGAAUCUCCUUGUUGGUCAAUUUGCCACUCUCAAGGGGGAGUUCGUGAGAAAUCACACCUUCUGCCCUGAGACCCCAUAUCUGCCCAAGCUCACGUUUUGUGACAUUGACCAUUAUGAAGACGGGGAAAAUGAAAUUCUGAUUAUCGACGGUAUCAGCGCUAUCUACACUGUCGACGGCGACCUCGAUUACGAUCUGGAGCUGUUCGAGUAUAAUUCUGCCUACCUCGAAGACCCGGUCCCACUAGACUACACGUCAGAAUCUAUACCAACUGUGAUUCCGGGAAGGUCCUCCCGAAAGUACACUUCUGUCUCUGGUGGAAAGUUUGGGAUCCGUUCAACGUCACGGAUGUUCGGCCAUGGUUGCGACAACCCGACUGACGUGAACCACCUUACAAACAUCUCUUGCCCAGAUGAGACAGCGGCCCCUGUGGACCAGGCGAAGCGGUGCUUCAUGGCAGAGUUCUCGAACACGAGCGCCUUCAGCAUCGCGUUCAGGAUCUUGACGGACAAGCCUGACGAGUACAUCCAGCAAUGGGGACGCAAUUUCGCCAUGGCCGGGACGUCCCCAUACUUCGCCCGCCAGGGCAGUCUCUCUUGCUUCACGCCGUCACCAACCCCUUCUCCAACCCCUGCGCCGACAGCUACGCCGACAGCUGCACCGACAGGCGCGCCCACAGCUGCACCGACACCGGCACCGACAGUUGCUCCGACCCCUGAGCCAACAACGGCGCCGACCGGAUUCCCGACCGCCGCGCCGACUGCUGCGCCGACAGUUGCACCUACGCCUGCCCCGACCGCCGCGCCGACUGCUGCGCCGACUGCUACACCGACGUCUGCCCCGACAGCGACCCCAACAGCUGGGCCGACUCCUGAACCAACAAUGGCACCGACGGAGUCUCCGACCACAGCGCCGACAGCUGCGCCGACAGCUGCGCCGACAGCUGCGCCGACAUUGUCUCCCACUGUCGCCCCGACAGCCGCGCCGACAGCUCGCGCCCACGGCUGCCCCAACAGCGGCACCGACAGCUGCGCCGACUCUUGA